UUUCACAACAAAGCAGCAGCGCCGCAUUCAAGCUCGAUAACAACCGCGGUAAACACACUGCAGGGGCAGCAAAACCAUCCAGAUGCACACAUUAGAAUAAAAUAUUUUGGUUAUCGUCUACCGGCAUAAAUGGAAGACAUACAUGGAAGGUUAAAGAUAGUAAGAGAUAAUGCUCAGCUUCGACGGCAGGGUGCUCAUGACUUCUUGGCCUAUUAUGAGCUUUCCUGUGCAAGGCAGGAUUCAGUCCCUCUCCCUGCUGUUAAGAUGCAUUUAGACAAAGGAAUGCUUGAUUUUAAUGGAGACAGAGUCAAAUCGACGGACUGGGCACCUAUUCUCCACUCUAUAUCCAUCAACAAGCACCUGCACCAUAUUGCAAUAAGCAGCACACAUCAGGGAGGAUUAGCUUUUGCAGAUUCAGAUAAAAGGUACUAUAAGUCUACCUUUAGGAGGAAGAUUCCUGCCUUUCGCUCCAGGGACAUGACUUUUAAGCUGUGUAGGGCACUCAGAGAGUGUCUAAGUGUUUCCCCCAAUCUCAAAACUCUUCAUCUGAAUGGACUUCCAUUGAGAGAAAGGGAUCUUAUGACUUUAACAAAGGGUUUGGCAAACAGCAAUUCCUUGGAAAACAUCUCUCUGGCUUACUGUCCCAUCUCUGACGAGGGUCUAGAAGUCAUUUGCCAAAGUGUGAAAUAUUCUACUAGCAUCAGGUCUGUAGAUUUCACAGGGUGCGGUCUAACCUGGAAAGGAGCAGAGCAUAUGGCUAACAUCAUCAAGCACCAGGCAAUGCAGAGACACGGUACUGCAUGGGCAGAGUCCCUGAGGUAUCGACUGCCACAGUUUGAAGGAAUGAGCGGUCUCCGUCGUGUCACUUUAAACUGUAACACUUUGAUCGGGGAUCGGGGGGCUGCUGCUCUUGCGCAUGAAUUGUCUGAGGACCUCUGGGUUAAAGCUAUGGAUCUACAGAGAUGCGGUUUGUCCAAUGAAGGAGCUUGUCGCUUGUUGGAAGCGUUGAAAACAAAUUCCUCUCUGUGUGUGCUGGAUAUUCGCAGUAACCCUUUAGUUGACAAAGUUUUAAUUAAAACAGUGAUUGAGAAAGUGCUUAUGAAUGCUGAAGGAAAGUCACCUGAGUACUGCUGGAUAAAACCAACAACCACAGAGUUACACAGGCCAAAUGGGCCAAAAAGAGGAGCCAUACCUAUUACUGUGAGACGAAGAUCAUUGUAUAGGAAAGCCCCUCAUAAAGGAACAUCUCCUACAGGACAGAGUUCAAGUGUUGCUCAAACCAAGAAGCCCUCGUCUUGUCCGAGUUUUAUUCCUUGGCGUGCUGCUGCACGAGCUGGCCGCCAGAGAGGUUUUCCUCCUGGUAUUACGGUUGUAGAACGGCACUUUCAGGGUGCAGCAACAAUCAGAGUUACAGUGGAAUCAAACUCAGAGGAAGAGGAGGACAGUGCAAAUGAAAAUGAUGAAGUGGAGGUGGAAGUGGGGCAGACAUCACCGUCUCUUGGACUCAAGGACAGAAUAACUGGACAGCAACUUAAUCAUAUCCAGAUGGAGCUGAGGGAGUGCCGCCUAAGGUUGGCAGAAGAGCGCAGAGCUCGACUAAAAGCAGAGUCAAGGCUUAUGGAGUAUGAGCUGGAGAAUGCCAGACUUCGUGAUGCCAACCGUUCACUGUCUGAAGCUCUUGCAGCUACCGGCUCUGGAUCAGCGCUGCGUACUUUAAGCGCUCUUGAAGACGAGGCAGUCCUGGAGAGCAUUGAGAACUCAUUUAAUAAGUUCCAUGCCUUCCUGGACCUUCUGAAGGAUGCGGGCCUAGGUCAGCUGGCAUCAAUUGCUGGGAUUAACACAUCAGAUUUCCAGCCUUCUGGAAAACCCCAGCUCUCCUCUACAGUGGGACCACAGUUGGAACGUACCACCUCAACGACUGUAGAGGAUGUUGAAGCAAAGCCUGAUCAAUCUUCUUUGGCAAUUAAAAAGGCAGUGUCUCCUCUUGUCGGAGCAGCCUUUACUCAAACUCGCCGGUCUCCACCCUUGCAUAAAGACCAAUCAGUGGAAUCGACCUUUAAUUAUAAUGGAUUAGAGCCAGCAGAUCCAGCAGUGGCUGAAGAGGAGCAACCACAACAGUAUCUUUGCCCUGAAAUGCAACCUGAUUUUGGCUCAGAGCACAGUUUUCAUAGUCAGAAGUCCUUUGAUAAAAACUUCCAAUCUCAACCAAGCAGGCAGAGAAUGGAGACCAGCUCUAACAGAAGCAACAGUUACCAUGGUAAUGACUUCAGCAACAACUCCUAUGGUCAAGCCUCUCAGAACAAAGGGGCCCACCGUGGCUCUUUUGAGAGUGUCAGUGAUAUUAUGAGUGACAAGGCAGAGACUCUGGGGUCCAUCAGCAGAGGGAAUGGGGGGCUUAUAGUUAGUCAGCUGGGCUCAGAAAAAGCAGCUUACCCUGGGAGGGCUACUCUGAGACAAGUCAGGUCUCCAAGCAGUCAGUCAGAUAAUGAAUUUUUCUGAAAUGAUGUGUGAAAUGUAUUAAUCAUACUUUUAAUUUUAAUUGAAGCAUCAAAAGGGUGUUUUUUUUUCUCCAAUUUUUGAAGAACUUGUAUUUUUAUUUUUUGUAGAAAGGAACUGAGCUGAAAGAGAAAAGGCUCUUGCUUGUUGUCUUUUCGCUGCUGCUCUUUGUAUUAAAUAAUUUUGUUAAACCU